AUGGAACACAAGGUUAUUGGUAACUCCUACAAAAAGUACAACGUGGGUGCCCUGUGUUGGUUAACAGUGUCCAUCAUUGCAGCUCUCGUAGUAGGUGCCGGUGUUCUUUCUAUAGUAACCAAGUUUGAUCACUCUGAUUCAGCAAAACGUUCUACAUCCCCCACCAACGUUGUUCAGAAAUAUGCCUCUGCUCUUGAAUUGGCUCUUCAAUUUUUUGACGCCCAGAAAUCUGGUAAGCUUCAGAAUAACAGGGUUUGGUGGAGAGGGGAUUCAGGAGUACGAGAUGGUAGUGAUGAAGGGAAUUUGGAUUUAUCCAAAGGAAUGUAUGAUGCUGGUGACCUCAUGAAAUUUGGGUUUCCCAUGGCUUUCACUGCUACUGUGCUGUCUUGGGCUAUCCUUGAAUAUGGAGAUCGAAUGGAAGCGGUGAAGCAGCUACAGUAUGCACUGGAUUCGUUGAAGUGUAUCACGGAUUAUCUUAUUAACGCACACCCUUUUGCAGAAGUGCUAUACAUUCAGGUGGGCGAUCCUGAGGUGGACCAUAAUUGCUGGGAAAGGCCUGAAAACAUGACUGAGGAAAGGCCACUCACUCAAGUUAAUUCAUCUUCACCGGGAACAGAUGUUGCAGCAGAAACUGCGGCUGCACUGGCCUCAGCCUCUCUUGUUUUUAAGGAGAUUGAUUUCACGUAUUCUGAGAUUCUUCUGGGACAUGCUCAGCAGUUAUUUACUUUUGCUGAUACAUACAGAGUUUCCUAUAGUGUCAGCAUCCCCCAAGUGGGGAAAUACUAUAACUCAUCUGGUUAUGGGGAUGAACUCUUAUGGGCAGGGACCUGGCUAUAUCAUGCAACUAAGGAUCCAUCAUAUCUAGAUUAUGUAACAGAACAGAAUGAGAACACAUUUGGCAAUUUAGGAAGUUUAUCAUGGUUUAGUUGGGAUGAUAAGCAUGCUGCAACUCAGGUUCUUUUGUCCAGAGUAAAUUUCUUUGGUGCCAGUAACAUCCCAGAUGAGGAGAACCUUGACCUUCAAAUGUAUAGAGAAACUGCUGAAAUCCUCAUGUGCAAUCUUCUGCCAGAUUCACCCACUGCCAGCACCAACAGAACUGAAAGUGGGUUGAUAUGGGUGGCACCAUGGAACUCUUUGCAACACUCAGUGGCAUCUGCAUUCUUGGCUGUUCUUUACAGUGACUACAUGUUGACAUCUCAAACUGAAACUCUGUAUUGUAGGGGUAAAUUGUAUAAGCCCGAAGAUCUUCGCAAAUUUGCCAUUUCUCAGGCAGAUUAUGUGUUGGGUGAAAAUCCUAUGAAGAUGAGUUAUCUUGUGGGAUAUGGAAGUCAUUACCCAAAAUAUAUACAUCACAGAGGAUCUUCCAUUCCAGUUAAUGCUACAACUGGUUGCAAGGAUGGAUUCAGAUGGUUUAACUCAUCUUACCCCAAUCCUAAUGUAGCAUUUGGAGCUCUAGUGGGUGGCCCUUUCUAUAAUGACACAUAUAAUGAUUUAAGGAACAACUCAAUGCAGGCUGAACCAACCACUUAUAGUAGUGCCCUCUUGGUUGCUCUCUUAUCUGGCUUGGUCGCCAGUUCCUCCCUAGUAUGGUCUUUCUAG